AUGCGCGUCAUGUCGGGCCCUGUACUUGCCACGGCCGUCUCCAGAGCUGGAGGUCUUGGAUUUAUCGGACCAGGCGUGAGGACACAGGACACUGCAGCGGACCUUGCAGAAGCAUCGACCCUACUCCAGAAAGCGCCCGUUUCCAGCACUUUGUCCUCGGGACAUCCUCUUCUUCCUGUCGGCGUGGGGUUCCAGCUCUGGAGCGAUGACCUUGACAUUGCUUCUACCGCAAUUAAAAAGUUCAAGCCAUGUGCAGCUUGGUUGUAUGCCCCACGCCAGAAUAAGGAGCUUGAUAUCUGGUCGCGCAGAAUCCGUGACGCGUCGCCGGAGACCCAGAUAUGGAUUCAAAUAGGCACUUUAGACGAAGCCAAAAGCCUUCUCAAGGCCACUGAACGCCCCGAUGUGGUGGUUGUGCAAGGAGCGGAGUCGGGCGGCCACGGUCGGGCGAAGGACGGCAUGGGUCUGAUAACGCUAUUCCCAGAGAUCGCAGAUGCCAUAUCAUCCACCUCCAUUCCGCUCGUUGCGGCUGGAGGAAUUGCAGAUGGUCGAGGAGUCGCUGCUGCGUUAUGUCUAGGCGCUUCCGGUGUAGCAAUGGGGACGAGAUUUCUGGCAGCCCGCGAAACGCGUAUUAGCCGGGGAUAUCAGGAUGAAGUUGUGCGUGCGUCAAACGGAGCAGUCUCAACAACACGCACCUUGCUUUAUAACCAUCUUCGCGGGACAAUGGGGUGGCCUGAAGCAUACAGUCCGCGGACCAUCAUCAAUAAGUCCUUUUUGGAGCAACAGGAAGGCAAAUCAUUCGAGGAACUGAAAAGACUGCAUGAUGAGGCCACCAAGGCCGGUGAUCUUGGCUGGGGUCCGCAAGGAAGACUUGCAACCUAUGCUGGCGCUGGAGUGGGACUGAUCCAUGAGGUUAAAGAGGCCGGAGACAUUGUUCGUGAUAUCCAACAGGAUGCUCGGGGCAGGGCUCGAUCUGCGAGCACCGCUAUGUAA